CUUAUUUUGCUAGCCAUUGUAUGCGUUACAUAAUCGUUUGUAUAUAUAUUUCAGUAGGUAAAUAAACAUUAAAUGGUAUUAAGUUUUAGUGAAUCUUACAUUAUUAACAGUACUUAUAGUAAGGAGUGAACUGUUAAAAAAAACUGUGUAAAAUUGCUUGCAAAUUAUUUCUGAAUUCGUUUUAUGUGCAAAACAAGAUUUAUGAAAUGAGUUCGCGUGAUCGUGAUGCCGGUAGAAAAUUUGAGUCGGAUAAUUCAAAAAGGAAACGAGCUAUCAAAAGAAAGCAGGUAGAAGAAAAACUACGUGGGUCUUUAUAUAAAUAUAUAAAAAGUGAUUGUCAAGAAACCUCUAAAAACCCGUCAUUGACUGAAAGUGACACAUUAUUGCACUGUAACCUUAACCCAGCUGAAAUUAUUCCUUCAACAUCAUCAUGGAUGCCACCUAGUAACAAUAGCGAGGAUAAUGAGUCAACAACAUCAUUGUCUCUUACACCACCGCCGCCUUCGUCAACACUAUCCAGCCAAGAAUACGUAUCUAAGUCUAUGUCUAUAUCCACGACUGGCAGAAUUGAAAAUCUGAAUCCUCAGAAUGACCCAGGUUUGUGGCCAUUGACAAUUACUGAUGUAGACCGAACUGAGAUUGUACUAAAAGGUCCAAUCCAGGUUAAAGUUGAUUUUUUUCCCGUAAAUGAUAACGGACAACGAUUCAGCGAAUAUCAUUACAGUAAAACAUUAGCUAAUGGUGAAAAACUUGACAGGCGCUGGAUGAUUUAUUCACAAACAAAGGAUGCCAUUUACUGCUUUCCGUGUCAACUGUUCGGACUAGAAAAUACAAGAAUUGGAUCCAGUGAAAGAGUGUGUGAUUGGAAACACUUGGGUGAUUAUUUAAAGUCUCAUGAAUCUAGCAGACUGCACAAAGAUUUUAUGUUGAAAUGGUUAAAUUUAGAAAACGGAUUAAAAAGCUGUACCACUAUUGACUCUUUAGCCCAGAAUCAAAUUGAACAAAAAAGGCAGCAUUGGAGAGAUAUUUUAGAAAGACUACUUGCAAUUGUAAAUUUUUUUAGCAUCUCACAAUUUGGCCUUCAGAUGUCAUAGAGAGAAAAUAAUAUCUGACUCAGAUUCAAGUGAG